UGCCUGUUGUGCCACUCGUAAACUCCAUUUGGACCCGUGGUUACUCCUCAUGCACUGAGCAUGACUUCACAUUGUUAUGGUAACAGUGUGUGUUACACAGUAGCAUGACAAUUUUGUAUUUUCAAGCUUUAAAUCCUGACUACUUUAAUGUUGAAUGUGUAAUACUUCACCUAGGCAACAAUAUAACCAUGCUUCAUGUAUCCCAUCCCUAUAUUUUCUCCCUAUCUUUUUAUACCAUCUCUAUAUGCCUCUUUUUUAAGAUCCACAGGAUUUCUAUUUUACUUGUCUCCACUCAUUUUUAUGUACUGUACGUACAAUAUCUCUGUGAAAGGGGGCAAGCCACCUAUAAAGAUUAACAAUAGAGAAAAAUGCCUGUUGUCGUCAUGGAAGUGGUGUAAUAUGCAUGCGUACCAAGUUUCAUCUCCAUGUGUGCUGCCGUUAGGAAGUUUGAAAAGUGAAGAAAUAAGGGCCUGAAGCGAUUUGUUGUUGUUCGAACAAUAUGCGGUCAUCAUGGAAUCAAUGUCAUACACAGGCGUACCAAGUUCCAUCUCCAUGGUGCUACCGUUAACAAGUUUGAGGAGUGAAGAAGUAAUAUUAAAGAAAAGUGCCUGAACUAUUCGAAACAAUAUUUGUUGUCAAGGAAACAAUGCAAUACGCAUGCGUACCAAGUUUAAUCUCCCAUUAGCAAGUUUUAGGAGUAAGGCUAUUUGUCGUUUUGUGGUUCAUGGAAACAUGUAGUUAUCAUAGAAAUGAUGUAAUAUGCAAGCCUACCAAGUUUCAUCUCAAUGUGUGCUACUAUUAGCAAGUUUGAGGAGAAAUGCCUGAGGCUAUUUGUUGUUGUUCAAAGUCGCCAUGGAAACAUGUAGUUGUCGUGAAAAUGAUAUACAUACGUACCAAGUUUCAUCUCUAUAUAAUUAUUAUGCUACCAUUAGAAAGUUUGAGAAGUGAAGAAGUAAUUUUUAAGCAAUGUGCCUGAGGCUAUUUGUUGUUUACAAACAUGUAUUGUUGUGAUAUUUAUGUUGGCAAUUGAAUACAUUAUGUCUACAAAGUUUCGUUUACAUAGGUCUUACCAUUUGUGAGUUUUACUGACACAUGUGAUCCCAUUAUAAUGUACAGCAUGAGUCAAAAAAUUUUCAAUCUCAUUCCAUUUCUUUCCUUCUGCCGUUCACUAUCGUUCCGUUCAGUUGUGAAUUAUGCGUGACACGCCCUCCGCAAACGCAGUAGAGACUCACUAGCGGGGGAGCGAAACAAGGUUUUUUUCUUAGCGCAAACACGAAGCAACGAGGAGACAGUACCCACGCAGGUGCUAGAAGAAAUUAGUGAUAUCUAAUGUGCACGCAUGUUGAACUCAUUUCCAAAAACUUUAUCUGAGCCAUCGUGCAAGUAGUUCGUUUAUUCUGUAGACACUUCACAAGACCGUCCAAGCAUGGCCUACAUCACUUUAUAAUCCACAAGCAGUGAUUAAUGCUGUUGAUGAUAAACUGAGGGAACAGCCAAAUAAUGAAGACCUUUUAAAAGUCAAGGCACUUCUACAUGAAGAUCUUGGGCAAUAUGAGGAAGCUUUGAAAAUAUAUUUACAACAGGGCCAUUUUGAAGUAUUUGAACUGAUUCGGAAGAGAAAGCUGCAUGCAUCUUUGGUUGGAAACCUAAUGACACUGAUGAAGUUGGGGAGUGAGGAAACAGUGAACCUGUUGAUUGCUCACAGAACUGAGCCACCACUGCAGGUUGAAAGGGUGGUGAAAGUGCUGGAUUCUACACACACGGUUGAAUAUCUGCAUAAGUACCUAGAUGGACUUUUUCAAAAAGAUCCAAAAGCAGGUGGUCAGUACCAUCAGAGACAAGUUGAGCUGUAUGCUACGUAUGAUAAGGAGAAGUUACUACCUUUCCUACGCUCAUGCACUGAUAUACCACUUCAAAAGGCACUUCAAGUGUGUGAAAAACACAACAGGUACGAGGAAAUGGUCUUUUUACUAGCACGCAUGGGAAAUCCAAAGGCUGCAUUGGAAUUAGUUAUCAAAAAGCUUGAAGAUGUUGACAAAGCAAUUGAGUUUGCCAUGGAAGAAGGAGAUGAUGAUUUGUGGGAUGCUCUUAUUCAUUUAUCUAUCUCGAACCCCAAGUUCGUUACAGGUCUUCUCAACAAUGUUGGCACUCACAUUGAUCCCACAAAGUUAAUUCAACAAAUACCAGAACAUACAGAGAUUCCUAAUCUUGGAGCAUCACUUGUAAAGUUACUGCAAGAUUUUCAGGUUCAGGUCAAUCUAAGAGAAGGAUGCAGAAAAAUUCUUGUUAAGGACAGUCAUAGCCUGAUGGAAAAACUGUACAAGCUGCAGGGGAGUGCUGUUUACAUUGAUGGAGACACAAUAUGCAAGGCUUGUGGAAAUGAAGUCAUUGGAACUGCGGAAAAAGCUGAUUUUGUGCUCUUCUUCUGUGGACAUGUCUACCAUGGGAGAUGUGUCAACAAAAAAAAUCAGAGAAUGACCUGCAGAAUGUGCUAUGUCCACACAAGAGCAGAACACCGUGGAAGGAAAGAACAUCUUCUACAGAAAAAUUUAUAGCCUGUGCAUUUUCUUUUUAUUACAAAUCCGCCUUAUGUAUGUAUAUGAUCAUUUUGAGCAUUGUUUACUAACCACUCUGUCUCUGAAAACGAUCUGUGUUAGUUUUCAAGUGCCACGUGGGAUAUGUUGGCUCUCUUGUGAUGUAAUGCCCGAAGACUUUUAUACGUUGCAACCGUGCCAGCAUAGUUCAUGUGGUCAGGUGGGAAAGCCAAGCCAACAACUAAUUUGUUGCCUUGUACACAAUGAAUAGCGAGGUAUUGUGUUUUGCUACUGUUGUCAAAAGGGAAGCCAAUGCAGCUGUACUCUU